GUUCCAGAAUCCAGUCUUUUUUUGAUAGCACAACCCUCGCAAUGCUAAUUACUUUUGUUCUCUUUGCAGGUGCUGUUAGAACAGUCACGGGCGUCUUGAACGGACCUCUCAAAUUCUCAUCCAAGAAGUAAUUUCACGAAGCUUGAAGAAGCAGGUAAGUUUGGGAAGUCAGUUUAUAUAAAAGAGACUUUGUAUGUAUAGAUUUUUCCACAAUGUUGACGAAAAGAUCGGGAUCUAUACUGCACUAUACAGCAGAAAAUUGUCUUAUUACCUUCCAAUUACGUAGGCUAUAAACUAGUGCAUUAUCACUGAAAUAACUUUUCGUGGUUCAUACAUGAGUCCGGGAAGCUCACUUGAGUGGAUUUCAGUGUUCAUAUAUGAGUGUUCUUAUUCCAUCUAAAAUUCCAACUUGUUGGGACCGCAUUAUGUAAACAUGGCGUCUUCAAAAUAUUUUUUGUUGUACAAACUGAACCUUGUAUUACGAAUUUAACAGUGUCUGUUUAGAUGUAUUUAUCCCACUUAAUUGGCUGAGUCGCACCUUGCGCAAGCUGAGUGCUCGCGUAGCCGCCUGGUUUGUUUCUCAUACUAGAACACAAAUUGAAUUUUACAUGCGUUAGGCGAAAGGCUAUGCAGAUAUCACUCUACGUAAGUUUCCCACUGGGCACAUGAACAGGUCUUAAGGUCCAUUUCCAUUCAGGAAAAUUUUCCGCAGAAAGAAAAUUUUGUAAAAUGUGAUUGGCCGACGCUAAUUUUCCGUCGAAAAUAGUUGAAAAUUUUCAACUUUUAACAAUGAUAUUCUCGGAAAAUUUUCUGUCCGUGGAAAUACGGGAAAACGGGAAAAAUACGGGAAAACGUAAAACUGGUGACCUCCCGACAAAAGAGCUUCGCCCGAAACGUUCUGAUUUUCAUCUUUUUGAGACACCAACCAUGCACGCCAGCUUCUACAAAUUUGAGGUUGACAAGUUCUGUUUCGUUUAGAUUUUUUGAAAGAUUUCAAUGUUCAAAACCUUCUAAUUCAUAUCAGUACAUGCAGAUAUUGGAGUAAGUUUAGGAACCGUGACAGGGCCAGUUUGAAAGAAAACCUUUUCUUAUUUUGUAGGUACGAAGCCGGUAAACUACGAAGCUUUCCGCGAGAUCAUUUGUAACAUCAUGGAUGACAUUGACACAAAGUUGAAUGGCACGAACAGUUCUAAUAUUGACGACUUCGAAAUGAAAUUUGUGACGUCAAAGCAUCUACCUUACGUCAUUUUAACCGUACUUAUCGUACUGAUGAAUACAUUUGUUAUUCUACUGUUUUCUUUCAACAAGAAUCUUCGAAAACCUUACAACUUUUUGCUCCUCAGCUUGAGCGUCUCUGACUUGAUUUACGGACUGGUAGGACUUCCCUUGGCCCUUGUGUGCUCGACCGUGCCGGUAUGCCUGCCAUGUGUGUUCUCGUACUCCUUUGUCGUGUUCACGUCCAUCUCGACCGUGCUACACAUUCUCGUGAUAUCGUACGAACGUUACAUAAUAAUCGUGUUCCCGUUCCGAAUGCAGCAAAUAGGUCGAGUUAGUUUUGAGCUAAAACUAUCAGCAUGUCUGUGGUUUAUUAGCAUUUUAAUUCCGCCGAUACAGUAUAUAUGGCUGCCACCAACAGAAGCAUCAUGCUUUGAGGAUUGGUCCGAGGAAGUCGCCACAACCGAGCAAAUUUAUACAUUUUCAAUUAUGGCCAUAUUUGUUGGGUUACCUGUGCUGCUUUUACUCUAUGCUGACGUCAGUGUAUUCUUCGUCGUUCGUCGGCAGUUAGCCGGAAUCGAGAAAACAUCGGUCGGCCCUCGGGACUCGCAACAGCGUCUACAAAAAGAGAAGAGGGUUCUAGUCUUGUUUGCGGUCAUGAUGUUUUACUUUGUGGUGUCAUGGUCUUUUUAUUACGCCAGUAUCAUAAUGCAUUCCAUCGAAGGGUGGGAUUACAACCUCCCUGUUUGGCUGGCUGAAACAGGAGAUAUACUACGUUGCAGCACUCCAUUGGUCAAUCCAAUUUUGUACAUUUUGCUCAAGCAUGACUUCCGGCGAGUCGUGUGCCAUGGGGUAAGGCGCUUCGUGAGAAAGUACUCGGGGUUGCAAAAAGAAGGAAGCGACGCACAGUACAGUAACGGCGGACGCUCGUUGGGAGGCCGGUCUGAUUCUCGUAAUGUCACCGAAAGAACUGAAUUCUUGUGAUUACGUCAUUGUGAUGUCAUCGGUACACAAGAUCACAGCCCUUCAUUUAUACGUUUCUUUUAUCAGGGUUGGUAAACUCUUGGAAGCCAAACAACUCAACCUCACAGCUUACAAGAAUUUUAAUUUGUGAAAUUCAUUAUUGAUUAAUAUUUUGAAAUAAAAUAUCGCUUUUUUCAGGUUGAUUCCAGAAAUAACCUGGUUGUGAUUCUAGCCAAUCAGGAUUAAUGAAAUUCAGCCAAUUAUACAGCUGAUAAAAUUGAACCAAUCAUGAUUGAGCAUAUCACUGUGUUCGCAGAAGUCCGCAUUUGUUUCUUUUUUACCGCUUCUUUCGAACAAAAAGUUGUUUGGCCUCUUUUGGUAGAUUUUGGCUACUUUUUCAAUGGCAUUUGGCUUCUAGCAUGCGCAAGAACCUACCAACCCUGGUUUUUUUUAUGCGGACGUAUACGCACAGAAUGUAAAUCUUUCCAAAUGUAAUAUAUGUAAUAUUUCUCGUAAUUAUACGUAACAGCACUUAAUUAAUGCUGUAGUCUAUGCGGUUGUAAUAUGAGUAUUAAUGAAAUAAAUUUAAAGAUGCCGUACAGUCCGUAUGUACACAAAAUUAACAAGCUUUCGUUGAUAAGGAUGCAACUGCCUGUAAAAAAUAGAAGGAGAAUUUCGACGUUUUGACCGAAAGGCCCUUCGUCUCAUAGAGAUUAUAAACACUAGAGGAGGCAUCGAGGUUAAAAAUUGGGAACGCAGCUAAUGGACAAAUUCAAGUCCCGGAUAUAAAAUCGUGCUCUGAUUGACCGAUUUGAAACUCGACACCACAUGAAUACACAUCCGGGACUUAAAUUUGCCCCCCCAAUAGCCCCGUUCCCUUUUUUUGACUGAAUUAAGAUUACAAUGCCUCCUCUAGUGUUAUUUAUAAUCUCUAUGCUUCGUCUGGAGUUACUAGUAAACAAAACCAUAUGUAAACAAAGCAUUUGUUUACAUUUUUGUUUCCAAAAUAUUGAACUUUAUUCGACAACUAUUUAUAUUUUCAUGUUUCUAGAGUAUAAUAAAUUAUCAAGACACAACAAUCAGGCUUUUCAAGAACAUAAAAACCUACUUAAACUGUUUAUAUCACGGCAGGAGGCUCCAAUAUACGCAUGCGUAGGAUGGACUGUACAGCAUCUUUAACGUUUUUCCGUGCGUUUAAUGCGCAAUUAAUUUGCGUGAGUGAAAAACAUCGUAUAAAAGUAUUGCUCAAUAAAAGUUAUAAAACAAAGUGUAAAAUAUAGAAAUGACGAACCAAUGAUUAGGGGAAACUGACGCUCAUAUUAAUGAUUACUAAAAGGACUAAUAGUUAUAUUCUUGAGUUUUUUUAGGUUUAGAUGUAGGUAAUGAGAACCAUAUUGGUGUCCUAGUAAUAAUUUUAUGCCACAAUAGUCCCUAAAUGUUAGAUGAAAAAAUGUAGUGUGAAAUAUGAUAGGGUAAUGGCCUGGUGUUGUUGGCACAAUCACAAUGUAUGCCUGUGAAAAAAUGUUGUAUUUGAAAAACCUGAGGAUAAAAGAUAAAAAACCACUUGUAUUUGUAUAAAUGUGAACCUAAGAAAUAUAAGUGCAUGUUAUAGACUUGUGGAACAUAAAAUUGGAGAUGUAUGUGUGAAAUUGUAAGAGUAAAAUAUAUCCUGUUGUGUAAAAAAAUGAUCAGACCCAAAGAGUAUGAUCGCGCUGUACUAAAAAGCUUGUAUAGAGGCAUGUAAAAUAUAUAAAGCGAGAUGGGAAAGUCGUGUGUAAAAUUCAGUAUCCCUGUACGCGGCGUUUCGUCUUUCAUG